AUGAGGAGGGGGCAGCUAGUGAGCUCAGGCUCCAGGGAUGACUGCAGGUGGGAGCCUGAGAGCCAGGGAGGUGAGGAAACUGACAUCCAGAAAGCGGCAAGAGUCAGUAGAGCAGCUGAGACUCGACCCGGUCCCCAGUCUUGCUCCCUUCUUACUGCACACACUUCAGACAAAGCAGAAAUGAGACCCCCCACGAAAGCUUGCCCAUGCGAUGCCUCCUGUGGCCCUAUGUCUAAGAGGUUCCAAGGACCUCACCAUGGCCCAGGACCACAAGCCAAGGCCAGCGCCAGCAUCCUCACCAUCCGGGAAUGGGAGGAGCCAGGCUCAGACUCGUCCUGUCUGCCCCUGGAAGCCCUCCCUGGGCGCUAG